UCUUCCUAAAGUUCGAUCAAGUGUGAACGUGCCUUAAUAUGCCUCCUCAUCCACGCUCGUCACCAAUCCAACAAUUGUGUUUAGAAGGACAUGUUCGAUCCCCUCCGGUGUCGGACUUAUUAAUCGAUCCGUUGGUGUCUAUUGGGAGUUCGGGUGGUGGGAUGUGUGCGGAUACAUUGGCUAAAGCCUUAGUUGUCAUACAACAGCAGGGCGACACUGUGUCAAAUUCGACCCAAUGUACUUUUGCGAGCCUUAACAAGCAGGGUAUGAUUUUUGAAGGCCAUCCAAAACCCGAGCUGGAAUUGGAGCAUUCAGACUACAGUUUAGGUCUAAGUGAUCGUGUAUGCGGUGAUUGUCGAGUUGUGUCGAAUGUGAUGCACUCACAAGCAUAUCGUGAUUUGUCACCUUUCGAAAAUUCCGAUUCUUGCACUAGAUCAAGCUAUAUACCAUCGAGAUUCCAUGAUCUUUUUGGGGACUCUGAGUUGCAGGUGUAUAGGAGGGAAGCCCUAUCUGACUACAUCAUAAUGAAAAACAAAAUAGAGCUUCGUGAUUUUUUUAUUAACGAGAGAAUUAUAAGAGAAGAGAUUGAUGAUGUCGCAUUUUCACAAUUUCAAGCUAUUCACACUAGGUUUUGGGAAGAAUCAUCAAAAUUUUCCAUGCUAGCCGAUGCCUCAGGCCAAUUACUUAUGAAACUCCAAAAUCGACUUCAGAGGAGUGAGAACUUCAAGGAAGCUAAAAGCGCAGAAUGGGAGGCAAGACUUCUAGCAGAGGGUCGUUGUGCAUGGCAAGAAGAAGUAAAAUCACAAGAAGAGAAGGCUAGAGAAGAAGUCGAACGUUCUAAACAGAAAAAAGCCGAAGAAAAUCAAUUCAGAGCCGCUGUCGUUUUUAUUAUUUGCCGUGAACGCACUGACCGUGGGCUAUUUGAGAAAGAAAUUGAGGCUGCAUGGAAUAAGUUGUUCAGCAAGGAAGCUGAUGAACGUAAGGAGGCAGAGCAGUUGGCUUAUGAGAGAUUUAUGAAUAGCCCCGAGCAGCUUGCCUUGGCAGCUGAACGCGAGCGUAAGGCACUGAAGGAGCGCAAAAGGAAAGCACGCUUUCAAAAAAUACUUCAAGCUGAACAGAAGCGUAUUAUAGAUAGAUGUCAUCAUGGACGCAAUGGAACUUCUCUCCUUGAAAACCCUGGGCCCCAAAAAAGUUGUUGCCGCUGUCGUAUUUGUUUUGACGAAAAUUUAGGUUAUUAUGUUAACAUCGAUGCGAAGAACUCAUCCAGUAAUCCACUAAAAAGAAAACAUAUCCUCUCUACAGCUGUAUCAAGUGGUUUGCCGAACACAAGUAAACGAAAAUGA